AUGACCAUAGCAGCAGCUCCUUUGACUACCACAGCAGCAGCUCUCUUGACUACUACAGCGGCAGCUCCUUUGACUACCACAGCAGCAGCUCCCUCAACUACCACAGCAGCAGCUCCCUUGACCACCACAGUCUCCCCGAGCCCCAGUCUUCCUCCCCAGUGUCCAGGAAACCAGGUGCUGCUGGAGAACAGCACAGGCUGUGGCUGUCCAUCUGGACUGGUAAAGGAUGGUGACAACUGUACCUGCCCUGUGGGCUUCAGUCUGGAGGGGGCUGCAGGGUGUAAAGAUGUUGAUGAGUGUGAUGGAAAGGGGCCAGGACCAUGUGGUCUCCAUGCCAGCUGCACUAAUACCCCCGGCUCUUACUCCUGUAGCUGUCUCCGUGGUUACCUGAUGGGUGCUGGAGGGUGCCAGGACGUAGACGAGUGUGCUCUGGCUGCGGUGACGGGUCUGCAGGCCUGUCAGGGUGACACUGAAUGCAGAAACACCCCUGGCUCCUUCAGCUGCUCGUGCCCUGCAGGAUAUGUAAUGGCUCUAAAUGGACAAAGCUGUGUAGACGUGGAUGAGUGCAGCUUCGAGGAGCAGUGUCGCCGUGAGCUUGGCAACGUGUGUGUGAACACUCCCGGCAGCUUCGUGUGCCAGUGCCGGCCAGGCUUUAGAGCAGAGGCCCCCGCCUGUGUUGGUCCUGUGUGUCCAAACUACACCGUGUGUCAAGAUGUGGAUGAAUGUACAGAGAGUCCUGCGGUGUGUGAUGGUCGAGGUGUGUGUGAGAACACGCUUGGGAGCUACAAGUGUGUUUGUCGACCGGGUUACCGGGGAAACGGCACACACUGCGAAGAUGAGAAUGAGUGUGCAUCAGGUGGUCACGGGUGUGACACCAACGCUCGUUGUGGCAACAUCAUUGGCUCCUAUUUCUGCCAGUGCUACCAGGGCUUCAACGGAGAUGGACACUCUUGUUUUGACAUUGAUGAGUGUGCUCUAAACAACGGCCACUGUCAACACAACUGCUCCAACGAACCGGGACGGUACAGCUGCCAGUGUGCCUCAGGCUACCAGCUGGACCAGAAUGGACUCAACUGCACAGAUGUGGAUGAGUGUUUGGCACUGAAUGGGACCUGUGAGCAUAUUUGUGUCAACACUCAGGGGUCUUUCCAGUGCUCCUGCAGGCCGGGCUACCAGCUGCACAUUGAUGGACACACCUGUGUGGACAUUGAUGAAUGUAAACUCCAAAGAGGCGGCUGCUCUCACACCUGCACCAACACUCCAGGAGGACACACUUGCCACUGCCCCCCGCCUCUGCUGCUAGACACAGACAACCUCACCUGCAGCAAUGUCACAUCCUGCAAGCUGAGAAAUGGUGGUUGCGACCACACAUGUACCAUGAGGGCGGAGGGCCAGGUCCGUUGUAGCUGUCGAGCAGGCUGGAAGCUGGGCGAGGACCAGAGGAGCUGUGUGGAUGUGAACGAGUGCGGGGACUUCACAAAGGGAGGCUGUGAGCAGCUCUGUGUGAACCAUCCUGGUAGCUUUAACUGCACCUGCAGAGAGGGGUAUGAAGUACGCACUGAUGACCUCACCAAGUGCCAGCCUGUGUGUGACCCUCCCUGUCAGAACUAUGGAGUGUGUGUGGCCCCAAACAGCUGUGACUGUCCUCCAGGUUACCCUGGACUAGGCUGCUCAGCCAUGUGCUCCCCACCCUGUGCUCAUGGAGGUACAUGCAUGCGCUGGAACAAGUGUCUGUGUCCUCCUGGUUGGACCGGAGCAGGCUGCCACACAGCGGUGUGUGAGCUGCCAUGUGCUAACGGUGGUCGCUGUGUGGGGCCCGAUACCUGCCAGUGUCCGUCUGACUACACCGGCCCUCAGUGCCUCUUGCCCCUGUGCACUCCCGCCUGCCAAAACGGGGGAAGAUGUGUGGAUGUCAACAAAUGUAUAUGCAGCGGUGGAUGGCAAGGAGCUCGUUGCCAGAUAGAGCCGGUUCAGUGCCACAAACCUUGUAAGAACGGUGGCGUGUGUGUGGGCCUCAACAGGUGCCGCUGUGCCAAAGGAUUUACUGGAGGCCUCUGUGAAACGGCGGUGACCACCCCCUGUGUGCCGCCCUGCCAACACGGGGCCACCUGCAGUCCUCACAACACCUGUACCUGUCCAGAAGGCACUGCAGGCCUGCGCUGUGAGAGAUUGACGUGCCCCGUGGUCACCACAGUGGUCAGUAUGGCACGAGCUGUAAGAAAGGCAUUUAAGGAGAGUUACGUUGACCGCUGUGGACCCCUGGGAAUUCAGCUCUGCACAAAAUACAGGAUAAACCAGGCCCGUGUGUACCUGCAGGCCUACAGGGUGGGCUACAAAAUCCAGUGUCCAGAGAAGAAGGGCAGAUGAGUGAUGUAUACAUAAAUGCUCCUCGUCAUGAUAAAUCCGUUUUAUAAAAAUUAAAAUCAUAUGUUUACAUUUCAUGAGAAAUAUUCCUCAGUAUAUAACAUGUGUGCAAUGGUUUCAUUGUUUGUCAUGUUUGUAACUGGCAGCUGAAAGUUAUUAAACGUUACCUUUUUUUUGUCUUUUACAUAA